CGUGACACACAGAAGGGCACCAGAGGAAAGUCACUUGAGACGUUCACAGCUCCCUGGCCAGCGCGAGCCAUGACAGGGACUUCUACAUGCAUAUACCACUUCCUUGUUUUGAGCUGGUAUAUUUUCCUCAAUUAUGACAUCCCUGUACUAGGAGAGGAUCCGCAGAACUCUGAAAUCUUUCUUAAUGGCGGCCCAUGGAAGUACUUGACAUUUAUUAAUAUGCUCUUGCAGGUCAUUUUCUACGGGGUCGCCUGCCUGGAAGAUGUGCUGAAGAGAAUUGAAAGAAAAAAAAGCAUUACGUUUGUAACUGCCUUCAGAGACCUCCUUUUUACCACCCUGGCCUUUCCGAUAUCCACAUUUGUAUUUGUGACCUUCUGGAUCCUCUUUUUCUAUGACCAAGAACUCCUUUUCCCUAAGGACCUAGACGAUGUCUUUCCAAAGUGGUACCUUCAUGCAACGCACACAGUUGUGUUUCCCCUCUCACUGACUGAAGUCACCCUCGGGCCGCACAGCUACCCGCUGAGGAAGACAGGACUCACCAUACUGACUGCUUUCAGCAUUGCAUAUCUCGGCCGGGUCCUAUGGAUCUACUCUGAGACGGGUACCUGGGCGUAUCCCGUGUUUGCCAAACUCAGCCCGGCGGGUCUCGCAGUCUUCUUCUCCCUCAUCUACCCCGUCGCUGCUGGCAGCUACCUACUUGGAGAGAAGCUCAACCACUGGAAAUGGGGUGACAAGAAGCAGCUGAGGGAGAAGAGGAACUAAUUAUAUGCUGUCUUCCAAAGGCUAAAGAUGAAGAAAAGAAGAGAGUUUCUUCCUUCCUUCCUUCCUUCCUGUUUUUCUUCUUCCUUCCUUCCUUCCUUCCUUCCUUCCUUUCUGGUGCAGAUUCGUGGUGGUGCGACAUAGGAAGGUAGAAAGGACUGGGAGUGCUAUUUAAAUUUAAUAAUAUGGUGAUGAAGGUAGCUUAAUUUGAGGACUCGUGGUUUUUUGAGAGGUUUACUGGACGUGCAUUUAACACCUCCUGCUGUCUCAGAAUUUUUUACCUUUGGUCAAAAUCUGGCCAAAGGCCAAAGAAACUCACAUAAACUGGGUGUGAGAGAAUGUCUGAGAGCGAAGAGAACUCAUGGUCAUCUCAGCACUUCAUGUGACCGACGAAGAUGCUGAAGGCCCAGGUGAGAAGUCACGUGCAGACAGCCAGAGAGGUAGUGCGUAACCAAGGCAACAGCUUUUGUCUCCCAGAUCUUCCAACUCCCAGUCCUGUGCUAUUCUUGAAUAAUCCCAAAUUUCUUCCAAACAAGCAUUUUCAUAAACUAGUUAUUUUAGUGACUCGCUCAUCCAUUUUUUUCCUCUUGACCUAGAUAGCUUCAGCUGAAGUUGUCUACCUGGUAUAAGAACAAAUUAAUUGGGACAAUGAGAGAGUAAGCUGUAAGAAUUAUUGUGAGCAAGCAUUUGAGGGAGGUAUAAACAUUGAACAUAGUGAUAUUGUCAAAAUCUCUUCUGUUCAAAUAUUGAUUAAUUCAUCAAAUAAAUAUAUAU